CUUACCGUAAGCCUAUGGGUAUUGCCUCCUCCUGCACCACCACAGACUCAUAUGAUAGUGUGAGCCACACAGACAUCAUGUAUGUCUUUGGUUAACCAAGGAGGAGGAAGUGAAUGAUGAGAUUAACGAGAAGCUUUUGAACGCAGCAUUGACCUUAACGCUAGAAGAAGAAGAAGAACACAAACCACGUGGAUGAACCCCUGGCCCUCUGACGUCAAGUUAAAUAAGUUGUGGUGGUUAAUGUCAAUGUAAAAACCUUCACAGCCUUAUUAUAUUAAACCAGCAGCUAGUCUGUUCUUCAUUGUUUAAAACAACUCAUAACUAACACCACUUUAAAAUGGCUGUGGACGACGUCCAGUUCCUGAAUAUCCUCAAAGGAAAACGCAUCAAACUGACCCUGAAGACUUCUUCAUACUUUGGCGUCGUCCAACGCAUCAACCUCAAUAAAACGCUCAUUUUGGCGGACGUUGUUGGAGGCAGUGAUGGCUGUCCCUGUCCUGGGUCAAAAAUGUUUUUCGGGCACGAGAUUCUAAAUGUGGAAUUUACCAAUGAAGCAAACACUGGCAGUGGAAACAUUCACGACAACAGACUUGAAGAGCAUUUAAAUGUGGAAAAGUUUCAGCCGUACAGGAAGACAAUCACAUUGUAUGGUGAUGAAGAUGAAGAGGAGUAUGUCAACUUUGUAGUCAUUGAUGAAUUUCAUGAGAAGUUUGGCUCUGCUGUGAUGCACAUCAAGAAGCAGCAUGUGAUAGGUGUGGGAGCCGAUGGCGUGGAAGCAUACAAGCAUGGGAGACUGUGUUGGCUGCAGAUUGCCACUAAAAACAAGAUUUACCUGUUUGAUAUCCUGUUACUCGGAGCUCGGGCCUUUAAGAACGGUCUUUCCAUGAUCCUGGAAAAUAAGCACAUACUGAAGGUCAUUCAUGACUGCAGAGCCGUUGCUGGAUGUCUGACUGCUCAGUUUGGAGUAAAGCUUACCAACGUCUUUGAUACGCAGGUGGCAGAUGUCAUGUGCUUCUACUCCGAAACAGGAGAUCUACUACCCGACAGAGUCAGUACUCUGCAGGAGGUGGUUAGCCUCCAUCUGAAGGUGCCCUCCUCUCAACUCUUAUCCCUUCAGAUGAAGUCACAGCUCGCCAAGGAAGGAAGGGAGUUGUGGUACAAGCGGCCCUGUCCAAUACCCCUGCUUAAGGUGAUGGCUCUGUCAGUGAUCCACCUUCAGCCCCUCAGACUGGUGCUGCUGGAUACUCUUAUGAUAGACUACAUGGCCCUGGUGGAUUCAUACCUCAACAGCAGCUUCUACGAACCUGAUGAAUUAGAGCAUGUCAGCAUGGAGAGUGUGUUAGAGUUGCCCAGAGAGCUCAGGCAGCUGGAGCAAAUGCGUCGUGAGCGGCAGCAGUGGGCUGCCAGCCACUACCCUGUCACAGAACAAGGUCUGCUGGAUCGCUUCAACCCGCUGACUAAGACUCCAUCCCAGACCUCCCCUGCAGCAGAGGAGCACUGCCAGCAGCGAGCUACUGAGGAAUCACCUUCACCAGCGGACCCUGUCCUACAAAAGUCACCCAGGAGCCCUCCAAGAGCCAACAAUGUGUUGUCUGUGGAUGUCUCUGCCUCCCCUGACUCAGCAGAUCAGGCUCCAGUUCCAGCCACUGUAUCAGAGCUCAGGAAACAAAUGUCUGUCAACAGUCCCCCGUCUCUAGGUAGAGGGCGCGCAGAGAUACUGAUGGACACAACAGGUAGAGGAAGGCCCUUAGGGAGAGAGCAAUCGUCUGUCCCAGCCUUACAUGCUUUCGGAAGAGGCUUCCUUCUCCAAAUAUCACAAGAUCAGAUCCCCAGAGAGAGCAUGGGGGACGUAAUAAAUCCUGGUAGGAUGGGGGCGGCUCCUUUGGGCCUCAGCCAUGCACCUGUGCAAGAAGCGACGCCCCAGCCUGCCCCCAGUGCUAAUGACCUGCCAAACACUUUUGGAACAUCAGGGGAACAUUUUACAUCAACACAUGAGUCCAUCUCAUCUUCACUCGUACAGUCAUUUAGGUCUUUCAGACAUUAAAAGAUGUGUUAUAAAGCCAUUUAAGUACAGUAUUCCAGAUGAUGGCGGUUAUAAUGUUUGUUACCGAAAGUCUCCACUAGAUGGCAGUAAAUAUUCUGUUUUGUGCAGAGGUUUGUUUAAUACCAGGUGUUGGUGAAAAAUCUUUAGAGGAGAAAAAGAUUGUUUGGACGUUGGA